CUUUUCUCUGUUUCUAUUCUUCUCUCACCAUCUCUCUUUUCUCUCUCCUUUUUCUCUUCAAUCUGCUCUUUCUGUUCUUUUCUUUCCCUUUCUAUUCUUUGUUUUCAUUAGGAUUUUGCUGCAAUAAAUCCUUAUGGCGACGCAGCAAGAUAAAGGUCCGCCUUUGCCGAAAUUUGGAGAAUGGGAUGUGAAUAAUCCUGCAUCUGCUGAAGGAUUCACUGUAAUAUUUAGCAAAGCAAGAGAUGAAAAAAAAUCCAAUGGAACAGGAGGCCCUGGAGCAGCUUCUCAGAGAAGCAAUAAUCUCCAUAAAUCUAAUGAAAAUUUUCAGGAACCACCCUCAAAGAAAUGGUUUUGCUGUUUCUGAAACUAUGGUACAUUGAAGAUGAUGGUAAAAAAAAGAACACAGAGCGUAAUUUGAGAAUUGAGCUAUCAAAGUUUGAAGCUUUCGUUUCAGAUUCAAAUGCAGUGGGGAAACAAUGCUGGUUAUUACAUCCUUGUGACUCUUCCAUCCAAUCUUUUGUGUUUCAUGUUCCCCUCAGUAUUUUCUUAUAUAUGUAAAUCUAGGAAAUGAACAAUUUAGUCAUAGAAAGUAUAUACUGCGAUUAAUCUUUCCUAAUAUUCAUGUCAUUUCACAGAAACUUUUGUUCAGCUCUGCAACUCUGUGCAUUAGUCACUGCUCAUUGAUGAAUUCAUGGUAGUCUUUCAUCUUUA